GGAGUAAACUGGGGUACAAUGGCAACUCAACAGUUACCACCAAAGAGUGUGGUGAAAAUGCUGAAAGACAAUGGAUUUGAUAAAGUGAAAUUGUUUGAGGCAGAUGAAAAUAUUUUGAAUGCUUUAGUUGGUACUGAUAUUCAAGUUAUGCUUGCUAUUCCUAACUUCAUGUUGCAUGAUAUGAGUGCUGAUCCUUUAAUGGCUGCUGCUUGGGUCCAAGAAAAUGUCUCUGCUUAUGCUUAUACUGGUGGUGUCAAAAUCAGGUAUGUUGCAGUAGGAAAUGAGCCAUUUCUCCGAACAUACAACGGAACAUAUCUGCCAUACAUAUUACCAGCUCUGAAAAACAUUCAAGAAGCCAUUAACAAAGCAGGAUUAGGGUCAGAGGUAAAAGCAACUAUUCCAUUCAAUGCUGACAUUUACUUCUCCCCCGAGUCAAAUCCAGUUCCUUCUGCUGGUGAUUUCAGGCCAGAAGUACGCGAUUUAACCAUUCAGAUUGUCCAAUAUUUGUAUUCAAAUGAUGCUCCUUUCGUCGUUAACAUCUAUCCUUACCUCAGUCUCUAUGGAAACAUCUACUUUCCAUUAGACUUUGCCUUUUUUGAUGGCUCAAACAAGCCUGUUAGGGAUGGCGAUUAUGUUUAUACUAACGUGUUUGAUGCCAAUUUCGAUACUCUUGUUUGGUCAUUGAAGAAAGCUGGUUUUCCUGAAGUGAAAAUCGUGGUUGGAGAAGUAGGGUGGCCAACAGAUGGAGAUAAAAAUGCCAAUAUCGAAAAUGCUAUGAGAUUUAACCAAGGAUUGAUUCAACAUUGUUUAACUGGACAAGGAACACCAGCUCGGAAGGGCAGAAUAGAGGUAUAUUUAUUCAGUCUCAUUGAUGAGAACGCGAAAAGCAUUGCUCCAGGUAACUUUGAGAGGCAUUGGGGAAUCUUUGAGUUCGAUGGGAAGCCAAAAUACGAGCUAGAUUUAUCCGGGAAGAUGCAGAAAGAUAAAGGGUUGGUUGCAGUAGAAGGUGUAAACUAUAUGCACAAAAGGUGGUGUGUAUUAAAACCAGAUGCGGUAGAUAAUGCAGAAGAAGACUUACCAAAAAAUAUUGAUUACGCGUGCAGUCUUUCAGAUUGCACAGCUUUGGGGUAUGGUUCUUCCUGUAACCAUCUUAGCGCGAAAGGGAAUGCUUCCUAUGCUUUUAACAUGUAUUAUCAGUUCAAGAAUCAGAACAGUUGGGACUGUGAUUUUGAUGGCUUGGCUGUGGUGACUAACGACGAUCCAUCUGACGAUAAGUGCCAUUUCCUUGUGAUGAUUUCUGUUGGUCAUUCAAUGGUGUUGUUGCAGAAGAGAGUACUAUGUAUCAUAUACUUGUUGCUAUUCUUGAGGGAUGUAAUUUAG